GAAACUAAUAUCGAUAUGUAUCAAUGAAAAACAACGAGUUACGGUUGCCAAGUUAAUGUCAUCUGGUACCAAAAGUAAAGCCGAUGAAAUUAAUAAUGAACUUAAUAAAGAAAAAGACAAGGGUGAUACUAUUAAUAAACAACUCUCAA